CGGUGGCCUCGGCUGUCGUGGUGUUGGCGGCCAUGACUGCGGCGGCGGUGCGGGUGGUAGGCAUGACGUUGGUGGCAGCCUUGGUGGCGAUAAUGUCGUUGGCCGUGGUGGCGGUGGGCAUGGUGUGUGGCGACUGUGGUGUUGGUGGCGGUGGCGUCUGCUGUCGUGGUGUUGGCGGCCGUUGUUGCGGCGGCGGCGCGAGGCAGGCCCGAUGUUGGGGCAAUGUUGGUGGCGAUAAUGACGGCAGCCGUGGCAUUGGUCGGAAUGGUAUUUGGCGACCGUGGUGGCGGCGUCGGUGGCGUUGGCGGUGGUGAUGGUGGCGGCGGUGUGGCAGCGGCAGUGCGGAUGGCAAGUUCGACGUUGGUGGCUAUGUUGGCGGCGGCGAUAUCGACGGCCGUGGCGUUGGUCAGCCUGGUGUUGGUGUCCAUGGUGGCGACGUCGCUGGCAUUGGCAGUCGUGGAGGUGGCGGCCGGUGUGGCGGCGGUGGUGCGGGUGGCAGGCACAACGUUGGUGGCAGUGUUGGCGGUGAUGGUGUCGGCGGCCGUGGUGUUGGUCGGCAAGGUGUUGGUGUUCGUGGCGUCGGCAGCGGUGGCGUUGGCAGUGCUGGUGUUGGCGGCCAUGGUUGCGGCGGCAGUUGCACGACGUUGGUGGUGGUGUUGGCGGCGUCGAAAUUGUUGGUGGCAGAAUCGGGUAACAUGGAAGAUAUGUUUGUUGUUUUGACGGA